UUGGUGAUUGAAAAUGAAUGCUCUGAACAGUUGAUAACUUCUUCGAUCUGUGUAUAAUUCUGACUUAACACUGUAUUUCAAAUAAUUUUUCUCAUCAUCGUUGUCAUUAAUCACUUUUUUAUAAAACAUUUUGAUGUUAAUACUCACUUUCAAAGAACAUUUUGUUCUUAACUAACAUAGCUUUGUGUUCUAUCAUUUGACAUUGUAAACCAUUCAGUUAGUGAGAUCAUGUUAAAAUGCUGAACUUUUAACGGUACUUAUAACAUUGCUUUUAUUUUCUUAUCUCUAAGCAUGAAUACUAACUAAUUUAAUCAAUACUUGUAUUAAGCAUAAAUAUCUUUAAAAACUGCCAAUGACCAUUUUUUUUUAAUUUGACAUUCCUUACGUUACAUUUGUUUCUUAUAUGCGAAUUAAUUUCUUGAUACUGCACACUAUUUUUACCCUUUUAGGUUAGAACUUUUUGUACUUUUAAUAGCAGGAAUAAAAUCAUACACGUAAAAACACACUAUUUGUUUUGAAAACAAGUAUUCUUGAAUUUUUGCAGGAGAUGGAAAAAAAGUAUGUGCGUCUUAUGAUGCUGUACAUUCUGAUACUGAAAGAGUUGAGUCACAGCAAACGUCGUUUGCAAUCAUGAGAGCUACAAGGAUGGCUGCGAUGUUUCCAGUGGUGGCAUUGGUAAUGAUAACAAUAGCUGUUAUCCUGGGAAUUAUUGGCAAUAUCAGACGAGACAUCAAGACUCUUUUGGCAGCUGUAGUGUCUAUACUUGGAGGCCUAACAUUAGCUGUAGGCAUAAUCUUUUAUAUAUCUGCAAUAAACGACGAAGUUGGUCAUAGAACCAAAGACAAAGAAGGCAAACAGUUUGAAUAUGAAUACGGGUGGUCAUUUUUCUUUGCUGGAAUGGCGUUCAUGAUAGCAGAGGCGACGGCUGUUGUGUUUGUGACUCAAUUUAUGCAAAGGAAUUCAACUACCGACGACAUGGUGAGGAUAAUUCCAGGACUUGAAGACAAAUUGGAAAGUACAGAUAAAGACGAUAAUGAUGAUGGAGCAACGAAUCCGACGAUUGUUAUGUAAAGCAAGGAACCAAUAUUGGACUAUUACUUUGAUAUUUGUUUAUAAGAUUACUUAUUUCCAUAAGGCAAAUCCAAUAUUUGUGAGGAGAACAACGAUAAAUACUCAAAAGGAGCCUUUCAUUGUUCGUACAAAGUAAACGACUAGUUGCUCAUCUUAACAGAAAUAUGACAAACAUUGUGAUAUAUGUAACAACCGACUUUUCCAAGGGAUUAUUUGUAUAAGUAACGAUUCCACUUUGGUUGCCUUUUAAAUAAAGCAGAACAAAUAUAAUUGACUAAAAUGCUGUACACAAUGUUGACACUCAUGUAUUAAAAGUGUGACUACAUUGAUCAAUAACUAGUGAUUAUUAGAAUUAAGUGUGCAAGAGAGUUGCUUCAAAAAUAUACAUAAGUCUCAAUAGAACUCAUUAGUGUAGUGACAUUCAAAGGUAACAGGUGUAUAUAUAAAGUUACAAGCAAGAAGUGAGUCAAAUGUAUUGGUAAUCAUGUUUAUUUCUAUCUAUGAGUGGAGAUUUGCAUUUGUCUUGAACGUCCUUUUUAGCGACGCUUUUACUGCGAGAUAUAUCACAAAAAAGAAUAAACAGUGUAAAACUGUUUGCAAAUUGGCAAUGAAAUGAAAAUAAAAUCUUUUUUAUGACAAUUUAAGCUCCUUUUGUGUCGAUACAAUUGUGUCACUGUGUUACUGCACGAUUUAAUAGGACCGAAAGAUGCGUACAAAUUUUACUUGCUUUGCUAUAAAUCCUAACAUAAAACUUUUGAAACUGCGUGUUGAAUUUUGCAAUAAUUUCAUUUUACUUAUAUUGCGCUUUCGCACCGAACAGUGUUAAACGACCUUUUUGUUUUUAAUUUAGAGGAAAAUGAGAGAAAAUGAAUAAUUUAUUGUCAAAAAUGUCGUCAUUAUUUUCGGAAAAUGAGUUCUUUGGGUAUGAAUAUUUACGAGCUACGCAUAACACAGUGUCAUUUUGUAAGGUCCGGAUUAAUUAACAAAUCUUCAAAGUUUUCCAAUCAAGCAAUUAAAAAGAGAUAUCCUUGACAUGAUUAUGGACACAUAUGCUGAUGUUUGCCGAAGUUGUUUAUUCAAAAUUCUACCAUUUGAUGUUUAAAUAUUGAAUAAUGCUUAUGUCUGUGCCAGAAGGGGGGAGCGGGAAGUUGGAGGAGUGAGGACCUUAGCUUGCAUUUUUACUUCCGCUCACAAUCAAAAAACGAGUUAGCAAGACUUAAAAUUUUUGCUGUUUUGAUAAUUAUGGGUUUUAUUCAAUCGUUCCAGAUUUAUUAAGAUAUUGAAUUAAGUUUCUGGGAGUAAUAUACACAGUUAAGUUUGAUAUUUCUGUAUAUACAUGUUUCACUCAAACUUCUCAGUGACACUACAGAUUUGUUUCGUUAUUUCCUGUAAAUUACAAAAAUGCUGUUUAACUAAGUCUUAUCUAAACUACAUGCAUAAACAUAGACCUUAGAAUUUUAGUAUUUGUCGAACUUUCGGUAUACCCGAAGAUGACCACAUAUCUCCAUAACCAUAAAGUGCAAAAAUAACCAAGUAAACAAAAGUAUUAAACUCUUAAUGUUGAUGCAUUAUGUGAUUUUCUUUCCAAAGUUUUAGCAUUGUGAAAUGCAUCUUUAUUUUUAUUUGUUUUGAAUUAUGUUUGUAAAUAAUUGUUUUAAAUAGAUACGGUUCAAUGAUUUUAUAUGCUGAGUUCAAACAUAAUUUGCAGACACUGUGACAUAGCUUUUAAUUUGAACAUAUUUGUUGUAC